UUGAAAAUGUCUGACACCGUAGGCAGUCGACACUUGGACGGGGCAAUGCAUAACUUGGAGAAAAUGUCGGAAUAUGUUCAAACGGGGAAAACUGAAGUGAUUGAAGUCGGAAUAGAACUACUCGAAAAUAAAAUUGAAAACUCUGGCAUGGAUAAGUUGCAAGAAUGCAUCGGUGGGUUGAUACGCGCUGAACAACGGGUCAAAGCAUUCACUCAUUCUGUUGACUCGCUGAAGUCACGUUGGCAAAACGGGGAACUUGAAGACUCCAUGGAUAUUGUGGAGGAACUAGAAGCAGAUUUUAAGCGCGAAACAGAGAAAGUAACGAACGACCCGAGUUUGUGGGAUCAUGAGUUCAUGACCUCGUUUAUCGAACAAAUGAAAACAAUCGAUGCCGGAUUUGAAUUUAACACUGGUGUGAAGCCUCGUGGUGAUGAUGAUGUCAUGCAGAUGGCGGGCGAGGCAACCACUACGUGCCCGAUAACACAGUGCCAGAUGGCGGAUCCUGUUAAAGAUAAAAUAUGCGGCCACAGUUUUGAGAAGCAAGCCAUCCUAGCGCAUAUUGCGCAAUGUCAGAAACGUAAACGACCUGCAAAGUGUCCAUCAACUGGUUGUACGAACAUCAUCGAUCGGAACAAUUUGGAAUCGAACGUCGCGCUAAAACAAUUAAUCCAACGAAGGGUUAAAGAUUCCAACCAACCACAGUCCAGCGUUUGAGGUCACGACCCCUGAAUACCAGUACAAAGUAUCUAGGGAUCAUCCCAACUAUUGUCCGAAUACGCAGUAUAACUUUAUUUGAUCUUUAUUGAUAAUAAUGAACAUUACGAAUGCUGACCACGAUUCCAUGUAUAUUGGUUCAACACAACUUAAGUAACUUGUUCACCAUCUCCCCGAUGCCGUCAAACACACGGUGCACACUGGUGUUGCACAUGUACGCCGGAGUCGUCACAAUGCGCAUAUUCGUGUCCACAUGACAUUCGUGUUGUUCGAGGUUAAGGAAUAUUAAACUUCUGUUAAUUUA